AUGUCGCUGUGUACCGUCGUCGAGCUGGCUCUCCAGUUUGAGAGCUUUCGGAACGUCGACCUGUUCCACCAAGGCCUUUAUCACUUGAAGACCCGCAUCUAUCGAGACGAUGAGGGCCGGGCCUUGGCUUUUCCCUACAGCUACCUCAAGGGCCCUUCCAUGGCCAUGGAGCCGCCCAAGGGAAAGCCUCGGGUGGACCACCACAACUUGAUCCCGGCCCACGUCAACGAAGAAAUGUACACCUUCUCCACGAGGAGCUUCCUGAUCCGCUACUGCGAGGAGGAGGUCGAACUCGGCGACGUGGGCCAGUUCCGGCUCGAGCUUAGCCCCUCCGAGUUGGAGCGGCGAAAUCCUCUUCUCCUCGAGGUGGAGCUGAUGUUUGCGGACCUUACGCAGCAUCCCUCCGAACCGCUGGGCGACCAGCCAGAUGUUGAGUCGGCAGAGUUCCGCUGCGUGUCCACGCAGGUUCUGCGACUCCGAGGAGUGGAGAGAGGUUUGCAUGACUUCUGCCCCGUCGUCUUCGACGAGUGCCACUUCUGCCUGCUGAACUUGGCAGUGCAUUCGGCCGUGGUGGACCUCCGGUUCCGUGUCCGCCCUGCUCUGAGGAAGAUGGCAGCAACCAAGCCCAAGGUGGCGGGCCCUGCCCCCAGAGCUGGAGCAAAGGAGUCGGAGGCGCAGGACCUCUGCAUACCUCUGCCAAGCAUCGCCGGGAGCCAAUUUUCUUGGCCGUACACAGCCAUGGCUCGUUCCUCCAUCUCCUUGCUGAUUGCCCUGGCGGCCGGCGCCCUCCUUGCCAAGAACAUGGGUCUGGGUUUUGUGGGUAUGCGGCCAUCCGUCCGAAGCUCUUCCGUGGCCAUGAGGGCGGAGGAGGAUGAGGGGGAAGCCGAGGAGAAGCCCGUCGCUGAGGGCGAUCGGCUGCGGCUCAAGGUCCAGUCGGCAGAGGGCGAUGCCAUCAAGGAGGCGGCUUCGGAGGUGAUCCUGCCUAGCGCCAGCGGCCAGUUGGGCAUCUUGGCCAACCACGCCCCCAUGAUGUCUGCCCUGGAUGUCGGCGUGCUCCGCUACAAGCAGGAUGGCAAGUGGGUGCCCGUGGUGGUCAUGGGCGGCUUCGCUUCCGUGGACUCCAACCAGCUGUCCGUGUUGUGCAACGACUUCGAGGUCGCAGAUGACAUUGACAUGAACGAGGCCAAGUCAGAGAUGGAGAGCGCCACCGAGCUGAUGGAGAAGGCAGAGUCCAAGACCGACAAGCUCGAGGCCACACAGAAGGUGAAGAAGGCAGCUGCGAGGCUCCAGGCGGCGAUGUUCUUGUCCGGCAAGAAGUCGUGGGAGCAGAUGGUGUGCUACAUUUCCCAAAGUGUCAUGAUCGGUGAAGCAGCCUUUGGGAUUGAACGCUGCUCCCAGCAUCCAGCAUUCGAUGAGGACAGCGAAACUGGCGAAAGCCGGGGGGGCGAUGUUGGCGUGCCUGCAGUCGUGAGGCAUUCUCUGCAUUCUUCAUCCGCGGACGGGUCCAAAGAGCAUGACCAGGAGCGGCCACCAGCGAGUUGGCAGGCUGCUCCACCCGCGGCACUCUCCUUGGCCGAGGCACUCUUUGCCGAGGAGCUCACCAAGCCCAUGGAGCAGAAUCGAUUGCUCCAGCUAGCAGAAGGGCUCUACAGGCGACACCUCGGCGCCCUGUCGUCCUCCUAUGUCCAGCAAGCCACCUGGUUUAGACAGAUCUGCGAGCGGUGCUUCACGCCCCUCCAGCGCGAGGCCCUUUUCGGCCACGUGGAUGCGACGGAGCUGAGCAUCGUGCCGCAAGAUCUGGGGAUCGGUGCUCUGCGUCUGCCAAAGGGACUCAUGCAGCCGCAGCCUGCGCCCAGCGGAGCUUCGAGGGUAAACGGCUCCUCCGCCGGAAUCAGCUCGCUGAAGCCGGCGACAGGCUUUGAGUGCCCUCCUGGAGGGAGCGAUCUGCAAGAAAGCAUUCGGGAGAGAAUUCAGCAGUCAGGCAGAAAUCUGACGCCUGAGGCAGUGUCCAGGUUGCUGGCUUACGACCUCAAUUCCGUGUCGUGCCAGAUCUUGGAGCUGUGGCACCAGGUCCUGAAUGUUCUAUCCUUCGGCUACCGGGAAAUUUCCUCCAUGCUCCGCACGCAGUGGGAGGAGCGCAUCAUUGACCAAUGGUCUGUUUCCAUCAUUCGGGAGAAGAUGAGCGCCAACUUGGCCGAGCCGGACAACAAGUCCGUAGGCGAAGCCCACACGACCGCAUCUGAGACUUUGCGAAAGACCGUAAAGCCCCGGGCUCCCGAGCUCGCCUCCAUCGAGGAUACGACCCUCCUUCCUCCAAUUGAGCAGCGGCCAGUUCUCUUCGACCAGCGCUCGGUCGCCAGCAUGGACACUCAAGGAACGAAGGACGCACUGCACCCCAGUAUCUGGGAGUCCCGCGUUCCUUCGGCUCCGAAGCAGUACCGUGGCGUGCACCUCUUCGUGCUUUGCCACGGCUUCCAGGGGAAUUCCUUUGACAUGCGGCUGAUGAAGAACAACAUCGCCCUGCUCUAUCCGGAUGCCAUCUUCCUCUGCUCCCAGUCCAAUGAGGACAACACGGAGGGUGACUUCUCCGAAAUGGGCAUCCGCCUUGCGCAGGAGGUCUCGAACUUCAUCUGCGACUGGUGCCCUGGCUCGGCUUUGGGCCGCCUGAGCUUCAUCGCUCACUCCAUCGGCGGCCUCAUCGUCCGCUCGGCAAUUCCGCACCUGCAGGAAUUCAAGGAGAAGAUGUUCACCUUCAUCACCUUUUCCUCGCCGCAUGUGGGCUAUUUCCUGAAGAACAUCAGCUUGUUCCACCUCGGUCUCAAGGUGCUACAAUCCUGGCGUGGGUCUCAAUGCCUUACGCAGCUCUCCAUGGCGGAUGCGGAUGAUCCCAGGCAGACUAUGAUAUACAAGCUCAGUCUGACGCCUGGCUUCGAGUACUUUCAGAAUGUUGUGCUGGUCUCCUGUGCGAGUGAUAGCUACGGGCCUUUCGACUCUGCGCGGGUCGAAAUUGGCAACAUGCUGGGGAUGCACACCUCCCAGCAGGCAUACCAGGAAAUUGUCCAAAACCUUUGGAAGAACGUGAAACCCGAGAGGGUCUUCCGCUUCGACGUUAACUUCCACAUCCCGGAGAACAACCUCGAUACCUUCAUCGGACGUGCGGCGCACAUCCAGUUCCUAGAGUGCCAGCCGAUCAUGAGAAUGAUCAUUCACAACUUUAGCUUUCUGUUCCGCUAG